AUGAAUAAUUCGAAUAAGAAGACGAAACAAAUAAUGUUCAAGGACGAAACUUGUAAAACUUUGAAUAGAAUUCAAAAGAAGGUAAAGAUAUCUGCCAAACACGAGUUGAGAAAACAAUUGUGUAAUGAUGAUUUAUUGAAGAAUUACUUUGUUUUGAACCCUGAAAAGGACGAAACUGUUGUCUUUCGAAUUGAUGGAUCCAAAUCAUUCGAAAGUGAACAAUUAAUUGUGACUAAACACGUUAGCACUUCUCCACCAAAGAUCAACAACUUGCAAUCAGCAAACUAUAACCACGAGCAAAAUCAAUUAUUCGAAACAAAUAUCAUUCGAAAUGAAACACAACAACCAGAAGAAACUACAAACACUAUCCACAACCAUCAGCAACAAUUCGAUUUAUUUCUACUGCAAUUGUGUUGUGCUCUUAUGGAUCAAGGACAAAACAGAAACUUCUUCCAAUAA